AUUCGACACAAAACCUCUUUGGAAUUGAAUGGCGCGCAGGCGAUAGCGACCCCCCAUUCGCUUUUGAGAGCAAGAAGCCCCAAGGAAGAAGAAAGGAGCAACAAAUAUGGCGGAAGGAAGAUCUGCAUACGUACCGCCGCAUAUGCGCGGAAGCGGCGGCGACCGCGGCCGUGGCGACGAUGAUCGUCGCGGAGGCUUUGAUGACCGUCGCGGCGGCUACGGCGGCUAUGAUCGUCGUGGCGGCUCGCGCGAACGCGGCUAUGGCAACCGCAGCGGCUCCCGCGAGCGCGGCGAUGGCCCGCCUCGUGCUAUGAACUCGCGCUGGUCUGGAUUUGAGUCGGACCGUCGCGACGACCGCCGUGGAGGAUACGGCGACGACCGUCGUGGCGGUUAUGGAGGCGGCAGCGGCGGCGGCGGCUACGGUCGUGGCGGUGGCGCUCGCGUUAAUGAGCUAGGCUACCACGGUGACCUUCGCCGUAAUGAGCGUCUAGAGCACGAGCUGUUCGGCGACGCCAAGUCGUCCGGCAUUAACUUUGACAAGUACGAUGACAUCCCCGUCGAGACGAGCGGCGAGAACGUGCCCGAGCCGGUCACUGAAUUCUCAGAGGAACAGCUUGGCCCGGAGGUUAUCCGCAACUUGGAGCUGUGCAAGUACACGAAGCCCACGCCCGUGCAGAAAUACUCGAUUCCGAUCGGUUUGGCCGGCCGCGACAUGAUGGCCUGCGCCCAGACAGGUUCCGGUAAGACGGGCGGUUUCCUGUUCCCCACGCUGGCGGCCAUGCUGCGUGUGGGCGGCACGCCCCCGCCCGAUGUCGGCCACGGCCGCUCGCGCAAGAUUUUCCCGGCCGGAUUGAUCCUGUCGCCCACGCGUGAGCUGGCGUCGCAGAUCCACGACGAGGCCAAGAAGUUCUGUUACUGCACGGGUAUCGCGCCUGUUGUUAUCUAUGGUGGUGCUGAGGUCGGCCGUCAACUACGUGAGCUGGAGCGCGGUUGCGACCUGUUGGUGGCCACUCCCGGCCGUCUCGUGGACCUGAUGGAGCGCGGCCGCAUCUCUCUGUCUUGCAUCCGUUUCUUGAUUCUGGACGAGGCCGAUCGCAUGCUUGAUAUGGGUUUCGAGCCCCAGAUUCGCCGCAUUGUCGAGCAGGAGGACAUGCCCCGUGAACGUCAGACGUUCAUGUUCAGCGCCACGUUCCCGCGCGAGAUCCAGCGUCUCGCGUCCGAUUUCCUACGUGAUUACAUUUUCCUGACGGUCGGCCGUGUUGGUUCGGCCUCGAAGGAUGUGAAGCAGACGGUGGAGUACAUUGAACAGUACGACAAGGAGGACUACCUUGUGCGAUUCCUGAACCAGGUGCAGGACGGUUUGAUCUUGGUCUUCGUGGAGACGAAGCGUGGUGCUGACUUCCUGGAGGACAUGCUGUGCCGCGAGGGUUUCCCGGCCACGUCGAUCCACGGUGACCGCUCGCAGCGUGAGCGUGAACAGGCCCUGGCCAGCUUCAAGUCGGGCCGUACGCCCGUGCUUGUGGCCACGGAUGUGGCCGCCCGUGGUCUCGAUAUCGACGGUGUGACGCAGGUUAUCAACUUCGACUUGCCCAACAACAUCGACGACUACGUCCACCGUAUCGGCCGUACCGGCCGUGUGGGUAACGUGGGUUACGCUCUCUCGAUGAUGAAUGAGAAGAACCGUAACAUCGCUCGCGAGAUGUACGAGUUGAUGUCGGAGAACGGUCAGGAGAUCCCAGCCUUCCUGGACCAGAUGGCCAACAGUGGAUACCGUGGUGGAGGCCGCAGUGGCCGUGGCGGCCGCGGUGGACGUAGCAGCUCUCGCUUCGGCGCUAGGGAUUACCGUAACGAAGAGCGUGGCGGAGGUGGCAACCGUGGUGGCAGUGGAGGCUACGGUGGCGGUGGCUACGGUGGUGGUGGCGGCUACGGCGGCGGCUAUGGCGGUGGCGGCGGUGGCUAUGGUGGCGGCCGCAGCGGUGGCUCCCGUGGCGGAGGCUUUAGCGACGAUAACAGCGCCUGGUAACUUACGGGCGACACGAAGAUGGCAAGCAGUUGUCCGCCAUUAGAAGACUUGGAGCAAUGAGCGAGCGAUGUCGUGGAGCUCCUCUAUUUUUCAUAGCGCGGAGAGUCGGAAGAAAGCUUCCUUCGAUGUACAAGUAACGUCAGGUGCCCUCGCAAGCCUUGCCCGCCGCUGCCCCUUGUCUGUGGGGCGCUGCGAGCCGGGAUAUAUAGGAUACUUGAUGACCAUUUUGCUAGCGUGUAUUAUAAGGCAGCGUUCUUCUUAGAAAAUAUACCAUCUUACCUCAGUGAACACAAGAACAACACAAACCUUCGUCAACU